UCCUGUCUCGUAUAUAAGUGGUGCUCUCAGAGAAGAAGAUAACAUUUCAGCUGUCAAGCAAAAUGGCCAUGUGGUUUCCUGCAAGCCAGUUGCUCCUCAUUGCACUGUUGAGCUGCAGUGUCUAUUGCUUUCCUGCCAAAGGUUGGCGCCAGCAUGAUCCUAAUACAGGCAGUUCCUCUAAUAUGGAGGCAUCUCCUGGCUUUCAUUAUUCUUCGCCCCAAAGUGCUCCUAUUCAGCCUUCUAGUAUGAGUUACCCUGCUGUUUCACAGCCUCAUGAACCGGUUGGAGAAGUGUAUUCUAGUCCUGAAGUCCAUUCAGCAAGCUCUAGUGCAGGUGUGGCUUCAAGGAAUGCUGCUCCUAGUUGGAAUACUGUGCAAGAGUCUGCAACUUCCUACACAUCUGAGCCCAGACCUGGCGCUCUUCCCCCUCCGCCUUUGUAUCAGGCAGGUGAGCUUGCGCAGUUUGACGCAAAUCUGGAGUAUGGUAAUUCAGAAAGGGAAACUGAAGAGCUAGACUUUCCCCCACCUGCUCCAUACCCAGAACCACCUGCUCCAAUCUACCAGGGUGGUGAGUUGAGUAACUAUGAAGCCAUCUUUGAUCAUGGAAAUGAAGAGUGGGAAACAGAAGAACAAGGUUUCAUGCCCCCGGAUCCCUAUUUCUCAGCCCAAGCAUUGCCAGUUGCUCCUACGGCACCUGAAGUGUUGCCAGCUGCUCCCACGUCUGAAAGGUCCAUGUACCCAGGUUCACAUGGACUAGGACCCUAUGAGUACUACCUCUUCUUGACUGGUCAGCUUCCUCCUGGCACGCUCACUCACUUCAGCUCAGAAUAUGAGAAUGGUGCAGACUACUGGGAUGAGGCCCAUUAUGAGAGAUACCAUUAUCCUAUGGCUCAAGUUCCAACCAUCACCACACAGACCCAGGAGGAUUUCAGCGACAUACCCUGGCAGCAGCCCCAGUACAGUACCAAAUCUUAAAAUGGGACUCUAAAUCUUCGAACCAACUUGACGGCCGUCCGGUAAAGGCAGUGCUGUAGUUCUGCAGUUUACUCAUGUCUUCUGAAAUUUAAAUAAAACCCUAAAUGAACACCA